GCAAUCGUUUCACCCGUGCAGGCUCGCCUUGUGCAGCGUGGGUGAGGAUGGCGACGGUGGUGGAGGAUGUCCUGGCAGACGUGGAGCGGGCCGAGGCCGAGUGCCUCAAGAGUAUCAGCGUCGAGAAGGAGCUGGAGCUCGAGUUCGAUCUGGGGAACCUGGCGGCUUUCGAUGUGAACGCCCCAAACGUCCGCGACUUCCGACUCCACCCCGAGCAGUUCCUGCGCUCCCUGGCCCGCGACAACACGCAGCUGCUGGUCAACGCCGUCUGGAAGUUGCCCACCGAGCGGGUACAGGACGUGACCGUGGCCAAGCUGCCCCAGGGCACCACGCGUAUCCCCCGCGAGAAAGCUGUGCCCAAGCCCCGGCCGCGCACCCGCUGGGAGGAGUUCGCCAGACUCAAGGGCAUCCGAAAGAAGAAGAAAACUAACUUGGUCUGGGACGAGGAGAAGAAAGAUUGGCGGCGACGCUGGGGCUACAAGAGAGUCAACGAUGAAACCAAAGACUGGGUCAUUGAGGUGCCUGAGACAGCAGAUCCCAAUGAAGAUCAGUUUGCAAAACGUGCCGUAGCUAAAAAAGAGAGAGUGGCGAAGAACGAACUGAAUAGGCUGCGUAAUAUCGCAAGAUCUCAGAAGAUUACAGUACCGACCAUGGGACUCGUCCCAACCGGUCAGCCCAGUAAGAGUGACCUAAGCAAAGCUAUUCACGUGGCGAGGACCUCCACAGCUUCAGUUGGCAAGUUUCAAGAUAAAUUACCCAAGGAAAAGGAGUUGAAGAAUAAAGCCAAGAAGAGGAAAUUCCAGCCCCUGUUUGGAGAUUUUUCUGCAGAGAAACAGAGCCAACUAGAACUUUUAAAAAUUAUGGCCAGCAAGAAACCAAAACUAGACCUCACAAAAGCUGUAAAUAAGCAGCUUCGUGAAGAUGAGCAAGAGCAGGCAGCAAAACGAAAGAGAGUAGGGUCAAAAGGCAGGAAAGGACAUAAAAACCAUCAUCGAAAAGAUGGAAAACACCAACAUCGAAAAUCUGCUAGUAAGAGAGGAAGGGGUAAAUGAACAUUGUGAAUGGAACGCUUGGUAUUGUACUUUCUGACUUAAAGUAACUGCAGUCUUGCUAUGGAAAUAUCGAGUCCAUAACAAGACAGCUUUAAUAUGGUUCAUAUUUAAAAUAAGCUGAACUAUAGUUUUUAUUUGGUGAGAACAAUGAAUUUAAAGUACUAAAUAAGUCACAAUUUUAGCUAAAGAAGCAGCUAAGUGGUUUUAUAUUGUAUUAAACGAAAACAAAGUUUGAAUAAAAUGUCCUUCCCCACCA